CACACACUCUUCCCCGUCCCUCCUCCCCGCCACGCCGCAGCGGAGUGGUUUUGCAGCCUGUGCAGCUCCCCGAGAAAGGCGGUGAUUUUAAUCUCUCUCUUUUCCCCCCCCCUUUCCCUUUCUGCUCUCCUUCCCCUCCGGCGCGGACCCGCUCGGAGGACGCCGAUCCCGAGGCCGCGCCGCCGCCGCAGCCGCCGGCCGAGCGCCGAGGAUGGCCGGGGGGCGCCGCGCUGCCCCGGCGCUGCUCCUUCUCUUGCACGCCGCCCGCCUGGCCGCCGAGCAGGAGGUGGAGAAUCUCUCCGGGCUCUCCCCGAGCCCCGAAAAGGACAUUUUCGUGGUGCGGGAGAACCGGACGACCUGUCUCAUGGCGGAAUUCGCCGCCAAGUUCAUCGUCCCUUACGACGUGUGGGCCAGCAACUACGUGGAUCUGAUCACGGAGCAGGCCGAGAUACCGCUGUCCCGGGGCGCCGAGAUGCGCGGCAAGUGCGGCACCGACGAGGCGGAGCUGGAGAUAUCGUGGCUGGCCCGGGCGUACAGCCUGCGGCUCUCCUUCGCCAAGGAGGGCCGCAACACGUCGCGGGGGCCGGAGGCGCUGUGGCGGCUCGCCCGGGUCCAGUUCACCUACGACACCGCUGAGCGCACCUACUUCAAGGACGCCGUCAGCCCCGGGAAGCACACAGCCAGCUCUCACCGGCUCUCCGCCUUCGUCACCCCCGCCGGCAAGUCCUACGAGUGCCAGGCGCAGCAGACCAUCUCCCUGGUCUCCAGCGACCACCAGAAGUCGGUGGAGCUCUUGCUGUCCGAGGUCCGCGUCCAGCCCUUCGACAUCAGCGCGGAUUUUGUCUUCAGUGAAGAACAUAAAUGCCCGGUGGACCAGCGGGAGCAGCUGGAAGAAACCCUGCCUCUGAUUUUGGGUCUGAUACUGGGGCUGGUUAUUGUGAUAACCCUCUGCGUUUACCAUAUCCACCACAAACUGACAGCCAAUCAAGUACAAAUUCCUCGAGACAGAUCUCAGUACAAGCACAUGGGAUAGGUGACAGGAUCGAGCAGCCCACGUAUUUGUCAGGGAGAUAAAGCAAAAGCACUUUUUUCUAUGGGUGAGGAAACGUUACUGGAGCAAGAGAGGGUAUUCACAACACCUAAUCUUAGGUAUUUCAUGGACAUACCCAGUUACGGCUGGGGUCCAGUAUAGUCAGUGGAGAGACACAGCCAUCUACACAAGGUGACUUUGAGCAUCUCAUUUCUGGAGUCUGGCUGUUGCCUUUGAAGUGGGUGGUAUGAAUACCUUCUUAGGUCAACUGGGCCGGUCACAUGGAAACAGAAGUACUUCACAUGCCAAAACACUGGAAGCAAAAUUAGCCUCUUAGUCCUAAAUUAGGACUCUUCCCCCCAGUAUUUUGCUCCUUGCACAUGUUCAGCCCUCUCUGCUCACGCACGUGCAGGGAGCAGGACUGGGGAGGAGGACCCAUCACACAAAACUCCUGCAAGGUCCCCCAGCUAGGGGACCCUACCCACAUUCCCGAAAUUUGCACUCCUAUUAAGGAAAGCAUGAAGGGGCUACAGGUGUGUUUUGGAAAAAAAUACAGGCCAGGUUCUCAAGCUGGCAUAAACUGGAGUAACUCCAGGGAAGCAGCUUGCAGCCAGCUGAGGAACUGACCAGAUACCUAAGGCUCAGUGAAGAAAGUUUGUUUUUGCUUCUUGAGACACAUCUGAAUUAAACGUUUAAAAAAAAAAAAAGUGUUGAUGCACAAAUUAUAGAGUGCCAUGCUACUGCAAGUCAACUGAGAAAUGCUUCUGGCUGGACAUCCUGCACGUAUUGUGAUUGUCUUUGAGAUGUUACAUUGCUACCUGCAACCGUUAUUUUCACAACGAAACAAAAAAAAGAAAACAGAAAUGUUAAAGUCACUAUGCAGAGAAUUCAGGUAUAAUCUAAUGUAACAAAAAAAAAAUACAAGGCAACCCUUGAAAUCUCUCCUUAAAUGUACACCAUUUUUAAAAUGAAUUAAAAUAUGUACAUAUCUAAUA